AUGACUUCUUCAACCACUCAUCCUGCUAUUGUGUUCACCGAUUGGGAUGGUACCGUUACUUUACAAGAUUCCAAUGAUUAUUUAACUGAUAACAUUGGAUUUGGGUUAAAGAAACGUUCAGAAAUUAAUGAUGAAAUCUUAAAUGGUAGUCAAUCAUUUAGAGAUGGAUUUAGAGAAAUGUUAGAAUCUGUUACAACUCCAUUUCCUGAAUGUAUUGAUAUUUUAUUAAAAAAUGUGCAAUUAGAUCCUGGUUUUAAACAUUUUUAUCAUUGGUGUGAAUCAAAAAAUAUUCCUGUUAUUGUUAUAAGUUCAGGUAUGAGACCAAUUAUUUAUGCUUUAUUAAAAAAUUUAGUAGGUGAAGAAGCUAUUAAAAAUAUUGAAAUUAUUAGUAAUGAAGUUGAAAUUGAUGAAAAAUCAAAAAAAUGGGAUAUUAUUUAUAAAGAUCCAGAAUCCCCUUUUGGUCAUGAUAAAGCAAGAUCCAUUAAACAAUAUUUAACUAAACAUGGAUAUAAUGAAUCAAAUACUCCAUUAUUAUUUUAUUCUGGUGAUGGUGUAUCUGAUUUAUCAGCUGCAAAGGAAACAAAUUUAUUAUUCGCCAAACAUGGUAAAGAUUUAAUUAAAUAUUGUAUUAGAGAAAAUAUUCCCUAUACUGAAUUUAAUUCAUUUGAAGAUAUUUUAUCAAAAAUUACAACUAUAAUUGAAGCUGAUGGUAAAAAUAUUAACGAUUUCAUUGAAAAUAAAUAA